UGGGGUUAGGAGUCUCCUACCGUCUCCUCUCCGAUUCCUCUCCUCUGCCACCGCCCCUGCAACCAGGGGGGGCCCUCUGCCGCGCGAAAUGCACCAACGAUGACGCCGCCCGCCUCCAAUUCGGUGGGAAGCUAUCCCCCGCAGUCACGGUCCCCGAAACCCCCUCCAUUGCGCUGGAUCCUAAGAUUAAGGAUCUUACACUAUGGGAAACCAAGAAACAUAUUCUCUUUUUCUCUUGCACUUUCUACAUGAGGAUUUGCUCUUUGCGACCAUUAGACUAUUCAUUCUCAAUGGUUCAGAGAUCAGUUUGAUGUGGGCCUAGCAAACAGCUUUCCAAGAAACCAUUUUGUGUGAUGAGGCUUUCAGACAAUCAGGGCAAUUGCUUGGGAUCAACACAAUCAGAGGAGUCAGCCUUGGACACACACAGAAAUUUAUGCAGUCAUUUGCCUUAUAAUCGAUCUCCUCUCCAACUAAUUACAUCAGCUGGUCAGCACCCUGAAAAUAGUGCCGCAUACUUUUUGUGGCCUACCUCUACCCUAAUGCAUGGUGCUUCUGAAGGACGAUCUAAGUACUUCGAGAACCUUCAGAAAGGAGUACUGCCAGGACAUCUUGGCCAUCUGCCAACUGGGCAGCAAGCAAAAACACUUCUUGAUCUGAUGAUUAUAAGAGCAUUCCACAGCAAGAUCCUGCGUCGUUUCAGUCUUGGUACAGCUAUAGGCCAUCGAAUCAGAAGGGGAACAUUGACUAACAUUCCAGCAAUUCUAGUUUUUGUUGCACGAAAAGUUCACAGGAAAUGGCUUGGCCACAACCAGUGUCUCCCAUCCGCCCUUGAGGGACCAGGGGGAGUAUGGUGUGAUGUGGAUGUGGUGGAAUUCUCUUAUUAUGGUGCACCAGCACCGACUCCAAAGGAACAAUUGUACAGUGAGCUUGCGGAUGGGUUACGAGGAAGUGAUCCAUGCAUAGGUUCAGGCUCUCAGGUCGCGAGCCAAGGGACAUACGGGACUUUAAGUGCCAUUGUGAAAAGUCGAACAGGCAACAAACAGGUUGGUUUCCUGACAAACCGUCAUGUUGCAGUUGAUCUGGAUUAUCCUAACCAGAAGAUGUUUCAUCCAUUGCCACCCAAUCUUGGACCUGGUGUGUACCUGGGGGCUGUUGAGAGGGCAACAUCAUUCAUCACUGAUGAUGUUUGGUAUGGAAUAUAUGCAGGAACAAACCCAGAAACUUUUGUGCGAGCUGAUGGUGCAUUUAUACCCUUUGCCAAUGACUUUGAUAUGUCCUGCAUUACCACUGCAGUGAAAGGACUGGGUGAGAUUGGAGAUGUUAAGGUUAUAGACAUGCAAUCACCAAUCAACAGCCUUAUCGGGAGACAAGUGGUGAAGGUCGGAAGGAGCUCUGGUUUGACAACUGGAACUGUAAUGGCUUAUGCACUAGAGUACAAUGAUGAGAAAGGAAUAUGCUUCUUGACAGAUUUUCUUGUUGUGGGUGAGGACCAACAAACCUUUGAUCUGGAAGGUGAUAGUGGGAGCCUGAUUAUUCUAACAGGACAAGAUAGUGAGAAACCUAAACCUAUAGGUAUCAUCUGGGGUGGGAUUGCUAAUAGAGGAAGGCUGAAGCUUAAAAAUGUCCAUGAACCAGAAAAUUGGACCAGUGGAGUUGAUCUGGGUCGCCUUCUCGAUCUCUUGGAACUUGAUCUUAUAACAACAAGUGAAGGACUAAAAGAUGCACUACAGGAGCAAAGAUUUGCCUUAACAGCUACUAUCAAUUCUGCAGUUGGUGAAUCAUCUCCAAUAGUAGGGAGCCUUCCACCUAAUGAGAUAUUUGAACCUCUAGGCAUUAACCUUCAACGGUUCCCUCCUGAAGGUGGUUCUGGUUCAGGAGAGAAUGUACCUUUCACAGAUAUGGCGUUUCAUGUGGAUACAGCUGAGGUUGCAAACAGUGUGGAAGAGCAUCAGUUCAUUCCGAAUCUAAUUAGCAUGUUGCCAAUGCAUCGCAGAGAAGACAACCUGGAAAGGAAGAAUCUAUCUGCACCAACUAACCUAUCUGACGAAGAUCCUUGUGUUUCACUGCAACUGGGGGACCGAGAACCGAAGAGGCAGCGUUCUGGUCAAAAUGAAGAUUAGUUUCUAUCAAAGUGAAGCAGCUAUUCAUCAUGUCGGAGCUACUUCUCUAGUUACAGCUUCAUGCAAGAUAUCCGGAUAUGUGACAUGGAUAUGACAAAAAAGGCUCGGGUAGUUUUGCAUUUUCUGAAGAGAAUUUUUGAAGGCUUUGAAAGGGAAGCCUCAGUCUUCUUUGAACCGAAGAAUAGCCUCCGCUUGGAGAAUCUUCUCUUUUUAGAAGUUAUGAUCUGGAACUACUCAUAGUUGAAAGGUCGGACAGUCAAAUUUUGAUUGCUAGGACUUUUUACAAACAGAUGUAGAAGAAAGACCAUUUAUUGGAAAGAUUUCAGUCAAUUUGCCCAGCUUAAGCUCAUUCUGGGGUAUUUAAAUUUGAGAAAGUACUUUGGGGUUAUUCAAGUUUUAUCCCCACAUCAUGAAAAUGUCAAACACAAAUGUACUUUUGAAAUGUGAAAUUAUCCCAAUUGACUUUGGUAGUUUGAAGAUUACAAAACAGUUUAUCAACUAUGUCAA